UCCAAAGGCUAUAGAGGCAAAGUAUCAAGUUCAGCUCUCUAGGAGUGUCAGCGAGUGCCAACGAACCAACAUAUCAUGUUGGUAGAGAGACGAUAAAGAUCGGAACAAGUCCGUUCGCUGGGUCAGGACGCUGAGGGGUUUGGUCUUUUGCAGUGCAUCUGGCUCCAGAUAAGUAGGAUGAGUGCCGUCUGCUGAUGUGCAUCAUCCGGGCCAGCUUGCGUAUAAACCUCCAGCGUAGAUUCAAAACGGUAGGCCGUAUUUUUAAGAACAUUGAAAGCGUCUGUGGUGAAACGUCUGUGACCAAUACGUGUAUGCGAUGCCCUCAUGUAAGGGAAGCUUAGUUCAAGCACGUGCUAGCGCGAGGUCGCGUUCCGCGCUGCGAGGAAAGCGCAAGCGAGCAACCUCACAAACAUUGCUUUGUCAACAGAGAUCAUCUUCCAUUGCCAUGCACUAGUAUUGGCAACGAUACAGACUGCAAAAUGACUGUUCGACCCGGUUUAAGCAAGCGGCCAAGCUCCAACAGCAAAGACGUGUCGCCACCCCCGCCGAAGCGGCGGCAGCAGUCAGCCACAACAAGCAAGGCAGUCGCCAAUUUCUUCACACCAGCUUCGAAGAAAGAGCCAGAGAAGAUGGUAUGGCGGAUUGUCAAAGACAGCUUGCUGGUUGGUCGCUUCAACCUAGGCGCGCAGUCAGCCACGCAGGGCAAGCGCAGAGUAGCAGCCUUUGACUUUGACUCAACCUUGAUUACAACUGCGUCUGGAAAGACUUUUAGUCGUGAUGCAAGCGAUUGGAAGUGGUGGGAUAGUAGCGUUCCAGGACGAUUGAAAGAGUUGCAUGCAGACGGCUUCCUUGUCGCUAUCAUCAGCAAUCAAGGUGGCAUCAGUCUGAGACCUGAUCCGAAGACCGUAAAAUCUGAUCAGAAGCGACUGGCGGACUUCAAGACCAAGGUAACAGCAGUCUUCAACCAGCUCGACUUUCCUAUAUCGAUAUAUGCUGCGACAAGUCGUGACCAGUAUAGGAAGCCCAGGACCGGGAUGUGGAACGAACUGCUAGAAGACUACGAUAUCGAGAAUGCAGAAUCUGUCGACCUAGAGAACUCAGUAUUCGUUGGGGAUGCUGGUGGUCGCGAGGCAGUGGCUGGCGGCGUAAAGGACCACUCGUGUGUCGACAGAGAUUUUGCUGCUAAUCUCGGUAUACCGUUCCAUACGCCAGAAGAGUACUUCCGCCAUGAGGAUCCACGGCCAUUCGUUAGGGCUUUCGAGCCGAUGGCCUACAUGCAAGAGCGGGCUGAAGGCUCAACAACUGCACUAAACACUUUUACACCACCGGUAACCCCCGAGAUCGUCAUGUUCUGCGGUAGCCCCGGUUCAGGUAAAUCAUCGUUUUAUUGGAAACAUCUGCAGCCAUUCGGUUACGGCCGCGUUAACCAAGACAUUUUGAAGACUCGCGAGAAGUGUGUAAAGGCUGCUACUGCACUCAUCAUAGAAGGCACGAGCGUAGCUAUUGAUAACACCAAUGCCGAUCCAGAAACACGAGCCGUGUGGAUUACAUUGGCGCAGAAGCUGAAAGUUCCCAUUCGAUGCGUACUCUUCACGGCCACGCCAAAGCUGUGUGAGCACAAUGAUACGUUCCGCGCACUGAAUAUUGGUCCAGAAACGAACCGUGAAUCUCGUACUAUCCUGCCACACGCUGCAUUCAGUGGCUUCGCUUCCAGAUACCGCGAACCUAAGCUUUCGGAAGGCUUUGUAGACAUAAUCAAAACCAAUUUCCAGGUACGUGUAACCCAAGACAUUCCGCGUCGACUGGGCUACAGAGAUGCAACAUGGACUGACUGGAGCAUGCAUGGUGUAGUUUGA